AUGCAACAUAUUACCAUGUCUCCUUCCAUCUGCCUCGCCACCUUGUUGCUUGCACUGGUCUCGCCGUCACUGGCAUCAGCCAGCAUUAACAACAACAAUGGCGGCGCCGUCGCGGCCGCUAGCGUACCGACGGCAACGCAGUUCCUGCAGGCGCACAACGACGCGCGCCGCGACGUCGGCGUGGCACCCUUGACGUGGAACCCGUCGCUGGAGCAGGACGCCAAGCGGUACGCGGGCGCGCUCGGCAUCCGCUGCAGGCUGGAGACACUGGAGGACAUCCCGAAGUUCUACCCGCAGAACACCUACUGGGGCAGCGGGUACCAAGACGGCGCGGCCGUCACCGGCUGGUGGGUGUACGGGCGGCGGUGGUACGACCGCCGCGCCAACUCGUGCGCGCCCGGCAAGGAAUGCGAGUCCUACAAGAUGGUGGUGCGGAACACCACGCGAGAGCUCGGCUGCGCCCGCCGCACCUGCCGGAGCAGCCCCGACACCGUGGCCGUUUGCAGCUACUUCCCUGCCGGCGACUACGACGAGCCGCCAUACUGA